UCUGUCUGCCUCGUAUUUAAUAGAUGUGAAAUAUUCAAACUGUUCUUUUGAUAAAAUAUUUGAAUGUUUAGUAAAAUAACUUAAAACAAUAACGAAGUCAACAACAGAUGAAGUAGAUGUUCGGCAGAGGGGAGAUCAGCCCGAUGAGUGGACUGAAUGUGAACUCUGCAGGCUCCACUUUUGGUAAACUUCAUAUGAUCGACUGGUGUCCACCUCAGCAACAGUACCUAAAUAUGACCAGCAGGGGGCAGAGCAACACGUCACACACCCUUACAGCUUUGUCCAUCCAUCCUCUCAUCCCUCUCCUCCUCUACAGUGACAAACACUUCCCUCCUUCCCCCCCGUACAGCCAGCCAAUCGGUGCACCUGCUGCAAAACAGGCCGACGCCCACUCCAGGACACACCCCAGUUACCGUGGUAACAACAUCAACAACACGCAGCUGGUGAAGAAGCCCCUGAACGCCUUCAUGCUCUACAUGAAGGAGAUGAGACACAAAGUCCUGCAGGAGGGACGGGAGAGAGAGAGUGCCGCCAUCAACCGCAUCCUGGGACACAGGUGGCACGCUCUGUCCCGCUCUGAACAAUCCAAAUACUACGAACUGGCCCAAAAGGAGAGACUGCUCCACAUGCAGCUGUACCCUGGAUGGUCGGCCAGAGAUAACUAUGGUAAGAGGAAGAGAAAGCAGAACAAACAGCAAACAGGAAGCUGCACCAGCUGGACCCUGAGUGCUGGAUGAGACUCCUGAAGAUACCACUUGCAGAGCACACACACAAUCACUCUCUCUGUUGUUGUUUUUAUCCAGUGAAAUGUUGUGAAGUUGCUGCUGAUCCAUCGUUUGGUUUAAAAUCACAGCAGGUUUAAAUGUUUUUCUAAAUUCUGUCUGUUGAUUUAUGUGCAGUUUAUUUGAAAAACUGUGUAGCUUGAGUUUUUGUUCACACUGGUUUAAAAAGUAAAUAACACCAAAAAUGUGUUUUGCAACUCAUUUUUAAGUUAAUUUUGUUGGACAUUUUUAUUCCCUGGCUCCCUAUUGAAAUUUAGCGAUUAAAAAAUGUAAUUGUUUGACAGCCCGGUAUGAUUGUGUAAAUGUUUGCUCAA